CAAAGAAUAACCAACCGAUAAUACUUUUCUGUCUGAUAUUAAAUAAUGAUCAAAUAACGGAAAGGUAUAAUGUGUUAUUGAUAUUAUAAAUAACUUUUAUUUAAAUCAACAAAAUCUCUUCAGAUUACAAUCUUUUCCCUUCUUCAUUAUGAAGAUUUCAUUGAAAAAAUGCGCAAUUGUAGUUUUAAUGCACUUGAUAACCAUUUCUUAUAUGGUUGAAGCAAGGUGUCCGUCAAUGUGUAAUUGUACAGAAGAAACAGUUUUCUGUAUAAGUAGAAGUAUUGAAAAAAUACCGAACUUCGAUCCGCUAGAAAAUAAUCCCGUAGUGAUUGACCUUUCUGGAAAUAAAAUCGCAUUAAUUGGUCCUGACGAUCUUUCGUUUGAAAAAAGUAUGUACGUGAAAGAAUUGUACCUCAAUUAUUCUGAAAUAAUAGACAUUGAUAAUGAAGCUUUUGAUGAUUUGGAAAAUCUACAAGAACUCUAUUUGGGCGAUAAUUUACUUCGAGUCAUUCCUGAUGAUUUUAUUCAGGAAUUAACUGAUAUGGUUCUAUUGGAUUUAUCAGGCAAUCCAUUCGAAGGAGAAAUGCCUGUAAUCAAAUCGGAAUCCUUGGAGCUACUGGCCCUUAGUAACUGUCAAAUCACGGAAGUUAGUUCCGAAGCUUUGAAAUAUUUGCCAAAUUUAAGAAUGUUAUUACUUCACGAAAAUAACAUCCAAUACAUUAACCCGGAAGUGUUUGAACCUUUGUCAGAAAUUUUCCUUAAGUUAUCUUAUAAUACUUGGAAGUGCAACUGCAAAACUAUGGAACUUUUCGAUUACUUGUCGCAAAAGAAUUUUAUUGAUACAUCGGAGCCUUACCAAUGCAUUUUUAAUAAUGUGAGUUACAACAUUUUUGAAUUCCAGCAAUCCAAAGAGCAUAGUACUAUAUGUGAAGUCAAUUACACCCAAAAUAUACAGGAAAUUGGAGAAGAGCAAAGUGUAGGUAAUUUAAUUGUGAUUAACGAUAGCGAAGACGCAACUAUAGACAUUUCGCAAGGGCAUUUAUAUGAUGAAAUAGAUCACGAAGAGCAGCAUGCUAUUUUGGAACAAAUGAACAAAAAUGGGGAAACGUCCAUUCUGUCUCUCCGUAUUUUUUUAAUUGCGAUAUUAAAUUUUGUAAUGGGAGUAUUUUUUGGAGUUUUUCUCAAACACUUCGCGAAAGUUAGAAAACAAUUAGAAAUGUCAGAUAGUACUUCUAAACUUAUUAACUCGGUUGAAUAAAAAUUAUACGUUA